AGAGACUCACAGUGUGCUAACAGGAAGACUCAACUCUGUCUGAAGUAUUGCGUAUGAAAGCACUGGAAAAUGUGUAAAGGAUUAGCUGCCUUACCCCAAACCUGCCUGGAGAGGGCUAAGGAGAUCAAGUUGAAAUUGGGAGUUUUACUGCAGAAGCCGGAAAAUGCAAUUGACCUCAUCAUCCCCUACCCUGAGAAGAAGCCGGAAAAGCCACAGAAGCCGACUCCUGAGGAGGCUGCUCAGUGGCGUGAGAGUCUGGACCAAGUACUGAACAACAGCUAUGGUCUGGCUGCUUUCCGUAGCUUCCUGCAGUCUGAGUUCAGCGAUGAGAACAUAGAGUUUUGGAUGGCCUGUGAGGACUUCAAGAAGACCAAGAACCCUGUGAAGAUGGCUGCCAAGGCCAGGAGGAUCUAUGAAGACUUCAUCCAGUCUGAGGGACCCAGAGAGGUGAACAUUGACCACUUCACCAAGGAUGUGACCCUGAGGAACCUGGUGGAUCUGUCCCCUGUGACCUUUGACCUGGCCCAGAAGAGGAUCUAUGGCCUGAUGGAGAAAGACUCCUUCGGCCGUUUCCUCCGGUCUGAGCAGUACCAGGAGCUCCUGGUCAACUAAGCUGGAGCAGGAGUCUGAGGAGUUGGAGAGGGGGGUGGGGAAAUUUCAAACCGCAGGUAGUUAACAUGACAAAUUUGAGUAUUUGCUAAUAAACUAUAAUAAUGACAGCCUGAGAGCCAAACACUUUUAUUUUACAAGAUAUAAACAAAAGCAUCAAGGGUGAAAAUUUAUUUCAAAUUUCAGUUUCAAAUUUGGCUAAAUGGAAAUAUUGCAUUUUGAAAUCCCCCCCACCCCCAAAAUGAACACAUACAAACACAUGUUCUUGAACUUCUUCUUUCCAACUCAGGACCUUCAACUGAAAACAAUCAUUCCUUGCCAUUUGAAAUAUGCAGGUCCUGCCCAGAAGGAGUUCACCUGUCAAAAGCCUGAGACCUCACAAAGCUAGAAAUACAAGAACACACACACACACACACACACACACACACACACACACACACACACUUACACUUACAUGUGCACGCAGAGUCGAUACUGAUACAGAGAUCAAUGUGCUCCUACACUAUGAAGAGCACACAACUCCACCUGUUUAAUGAGGCCACAAAGUCACUUCUUCUGCUUUUGGAUUCAUAUGCAAAGUAUCUUUAUGAAAUUCCCUAUUGAAAACAUUCCCUGACUUACACUUGUGCAUCCAGGGGUUGUUGUAGCUUUGUCAGCCUCUUCUAGACAGAUUUUAGGUUUUGUGUAUGUUUGACUCUACUGACUGCCGUGCCGUGCAUUCUGUAGCAGUACCAAAAUAAGCUUUGCAGGAGUAAUGGUUUCACUAGGUGAGAGGAGAAAAUUACUUCUUACCAGCUUCAUGUUGUCUUCACUGUCAACAAAUACCAUUUGAUACAGAUGGGCCUUUGACAUACCAACAGUAUGGACACAGUCUUAGGCAGCACUGCAUUUUGAUGCGUAAGUAUAAAUUGGCUUGUAAUACAGGGUAGUCUCUGGUCAUUUGGUUGCACUAGACCUGAAAUCCACCCACACUCCUGAGGAGACUGAUCACUUCAUUUCAGUUUCAAUUUUAUUUGUAAAUCAAAUCACAGCAAACGUCAUCUCAGGACGCUUUAAAUAGUAGGUCUAGACCUUACUAUUAUUAUUAUUAUUAUUAUUAUUAUAGA